GAACCAUAUCACCACAGAUAAGAGAUAAUAACGCGAAGAAUCACUGAAAUGGUGAUGGCGAUCCCCAGCAAGCUUCUCUCCCUUGCCAUUUUGUGCUUCCUUUUAAUCCUGGAUUGUCAGUUGCUCUUACCGUCUCGAGCUGCCCGGAUGCAUCACCAGCAUCCUCCUGGUCAUGGUAAUAAUGAGAUUGGAGUCCGAGGACACAACCCAAAGUCUGAUGGUUCCCAUGUCAGCAGAACUCCGACCACGUCCCAUUCCCCAAAUACUCCAACUCCGACGACGUCCCGCCCUUCCAGCAGAUACAUAUCCUAUGGUGCACUAAAACGCACCCGAAGGAAGAACUCCCCUGGGUCCCCUCCUCCGCCGCACCAAGAUCCUCUGGAUGCGUAUCAUUUCAAUUGUACAGUUUGUAAGGAAAAGUUGAAGCCCUAGCUAGUGGAUAACCAUUUAAUUAGUCGUUUAGCCUCUAGUAGGCUUAUAAAUUCUUAUAGCCCGCGUAUACCCUGUUUUCGGAAAUGCUUAUAUAACUUAUCUUGCUUCAAUUUUCUUUUUUCGAUCAUAAGAAAGGCCAUGAACCUAGUAUAAGAAUAGAAUUAUUAAACCGAAAUAAAGGAGCACAUAAGUCUCAUUUAUAAGGAAUAAAAAUUAUUAUUUUGCUU